AUGGGAACGCCUGCUUUAGGUAUUAUUAUUCGAAUAAACGAUGUAAUAUUUACUUAUCAAGAUGCCCGAUGGUUUCCUGUUGCAGGUCUUGGUAUGCAGAUGAUACGUCUCUUUUAUACAGGAAAAGUCCUUUGCGAAGGAUGCAAAAAGAAGUGCAUCGGAGGUGUGUUGAAAGUCCAGAACAAAUAUUUUCAUGUAGAUUGUUUUAAGUGUAUAGUAUGUUCAUCAUCUUUAGCACAUGGUGGCUUUUUCUUCAAAGAGGGGAAAUAUUACUGCACUGCUGAUUACCAAAGAAUGUUUGGGAAGAAAUGCGGAGCUUGCAAUAAAUUUGUAGAAGGAGAAGUUGUUACUGCGUUAGGAAGCACUUAUCAUCAAAAAUGUUUCGUAUGUGCUAGAUGUCGGCAGCCCUUCCCUGUUGGCGAAAAAGUUACGUUCACUGGUAAAGAGUGUCUUUGUAUGAGAUGCAUACAAAUACCAAUCGUAACAUCCCCUACUGCAGAAUCGCCAACAGAUACCGUGCGAAGGUGUGGUGGAUGCAAAGAAGAACUGCAGGAAGGACAAGCUCUUAUAGCUCUUGAAAAACAAUGGCACAUAUGGUGCUUUAAAUGUGCUUCUUGUGGUUCUGUUUUGCAUGGAGAAUACAUGGGAAAGGAUGGAAAGCCUUACUGUGAGAAAGAUUAUCAAAAACUGUUUGGUGUAAAAUGUGCUCACUGUGACAGAUUCAUUGCUGGAAAAGUGUUGCAGGCAAGUGACAAUCAUCAUUUUCAUCCAACUUGCGCUCGUUGCUCAAAAUGUGGUGAUCCUUUUGGAGAUGGAGAAGAAAUGUUUUUACAAGGUGGUGCAAUAUGGCAUCCUAGAUGUGGUCCAGGACCCGAUAGUCAAAUGGAUGACAGUGAUCUUGAAGAUUCAAAAAAAGAAUUUUCUCUUGACGGGCUUCCAUAUGGCAGAUCAAGUCCUGGAAGUUAUUUUGAAAGGGAUCCUCUUCUUUCUGACUUGAGCAGAGUUUAUACCUACAGCUAUUUAGCAGCAGAGCCUACCCAAGGAUAUUUACGUCGUCCAAUUGAACCUAGACCUCCUAAGUCACCUCAGUUUCAUCGUCCACCUGAUUGUCCGGAUAAAAGACGUACCUGGAGCAAAAGUCCAUCUCAUAAACAUGGAAUGCAAGCAUUAGUGGAUUCUAUACAAUCAACAACACCACGUCCAAGAUCUCCUCAUAUGAAUAAUGAAGAACCAAUUGAAUACUCUCAUUAUCCUGGAGGAAAACCACCACCACCUGAAGAAAUGGCACCUAUCGAGCGUGAUGAUUUUCCUGCACCUCCUUUUCCAUUUACAGAUCCUGAGCGUCGUAGACGAUGGAGUGGAAGCUCCAAGGGAGUUGAAGUAGAAGAUGAACCUGAUAUGCCAGAAGAAAUAAAUGAGGUUGAUCCACAGCUGAAAAGGGAAGAGGAAGAGCUAUCCAAAAUUGCUACAGGAAUCGGAAAGGUUUUCCUGAAAACAGUAAAAGAUCGGGAAAAAAUCAAGGCUUGGAAAAGAUCUCAUUUAGACCCUAGAAAUGCUUCCAGAACUCCUUCUGCUAGUAAAGAACCUCCUGUGCGCUUAAGAUAUGACAAUCCUGUGAAUGCAUCUCCAUCCAGAGAUUCAGACCAUCCUAGGCCUUGGGAAGAAGAAGAGUUUGAAAGAAAAUCUAGUUUUCGAUCAUCUACUGGCAGGCUUGUUGGAACAAUUCCCAGUUAUAAUGUUGUUUCAUCACUUCGAAAUGUUCCAAAACCUGGUUAUGGUUUAGCAUCAAGAUCACCUGGACCAAUGACUGGAAGGGAUAGUGGAUUAGGAUAUAUAAGUGACUUGACCUUUGGAGGGUUAGAAAAAACUCAUAGCUCAGAAUUUAGUAGUGGUAAAUCAGACAUUUCAACUCUUUCAGAACCUGGUGAACGCUCUAUAAUGUUACAGAAUCGCAGUGGAAGUGGCCUGUUCAGAGGAACUCCAUAUUCUGAAGGCUUUCGGGGAUUUAGGUAUCCAACCUAUAGUCCACAUUUACGACAUUCUUUACCAAAUGUCACUCUUCAUUUAUCAACAGAACCACCAAAGCUGUAUCCUUAUCAUUUGUUAAUAACAUCCAAUUAUCGGGUACCUGCAGAUGUGGAUCGUUGCCAUUUAGAGAGACAUCUAUCUAAUGAAGAAUUUCAGGCCUUAUUUCAUUUAACUCGUUUGCAAUUUUAUCGUCUACCUGAAUGGAGGAGAAACGACCUGAAAAGAAGAGCAAGAUUAUUUUAAUGAUAAAUUAUCUGCAUACAGUAUUAAAUAAUUUUUUUAGCUUUUAAUAUUUAUGAAAAAUUAUAUAUCAUACAUUAAAUUUUAUUCCUGAAAUCAAAUAUCAUCUGUACUAAAUAUUUGGAAACAUUGAUAUUUUUCAGUUGAAAUUCUAUAAUCUGAAUACAAUUUUUAAGUGUUCAUUUUUUUCCUUAGCUUCAAGCACUUCAAAUGUUUUCCAAGUUAAUUUACAAU